AUGUCGCAAGCCGUUCAGAGGCCGAGAAUAACUCACACUGCCGUGACGGUUCGUCCCAAGUAAGUAGGUUGCUUUCUUUAAAACAGUAACAGUUCACAUUAUAUUGUCAGGUUUAGAGAGUUUGUAAUUGCUUCGGACUGACGCGCACUUCUCGCACAAGAGCAGCCUUCCCUGUCCUAUAAAGUACGCCAACCUUUUCAGACAUUUUGAAGUGUCUGUGUUGAUAUUUACAAAAAUCGCAUCAGGUCUUCAAAACAAUAAUUCGUGGCUGGAUUUUUGAUGAACUGCAAGCUUCAACAAAGCGCUCUUUUUCAGGCAAAGUUAGUCAUACUGCGUUUAUCACUUUUAGCUUCUCUUGGGACAAUGAUCACCCAUUAAGUACACAGUUUACAUGUAAUCAUUUGGUAAGAGAAGGGAUGGUUUUUUAUUGUUUUCAGCACAAUGGUACAUGCGUGGGUUAUUUGUUCCGAAUUUAGCCCCAAAACGGCUGCUUUCAACGUGUACACGUAAAUAAAUUAUCAUUUAUCGAUCUCAGUUUAGGAUAAUUUGCACAGUUCUGAGAACACACGGAAUAAAUCUAAAAUUAAAUGAAAAUCGGGAAGUAUAGGAGCGCACAAUUCGCUCUAAUGGAGAUCUGUGGACAGAGCAUGUUUGUUUUUCUUUUGUCGUAUUAUUUUAAAUUCUGCAUACUGAAAUUGGUUCCUACUCCUUUCACAGUCAAACUAAUAACUCAAAAUUGCUUGCUUCGUUACUCUCGGACAGGAUGAAUCUAUCUGUAUCACAAUCUCGAGGCCUUGUUUUUCCGAGAAUUAAUUUCCUUUAUCGCUUUAGCUUCAGUUAAGUUUUCUCCGAGAGGCGGAAGCCAGUCUCUUCCUGUUGUUUUUGUUGUUUUUUUUGUAUUUGCUCUUCGGUAGUUGUGAAUUAAAUCUGGCGCUUAAAUGACUUUUCUUCAUGGUGUACAGAACAGUCUCUCGUUUAAAACUGGGUAAAGUUUGAAAUAAAAAAAACUUGGCAUCCAGUCCCAACGCGGCUGCGAGCAGAACCAAGCACCUGGAACGCACACUUUGCAAUACGUCGAAAGGAUUGCCAGAUGUUUGCUCCCAUAAAUUUUUCUGUGCCUAGAUUUUUUUAAAGAAUUUUCCUGAUUUUGGCAUCAUCUGAGUUUUAAGACCUUACCCAUAGAAUGUCGGUCAGUUGAUUUUCGUUAAGAUCUUACAAUAAAGUUACUUUUAAUGACGGUAAGUUGACGAUCUUUCACCGUAUCGCUUUGUUGUUGUUGCCAUAAUAACACCAUCCUCUUUAUCUAGAGUUUAAGACAUUUUCAACAUAGCACUGAUAUCCUGUUUUAAAACAGAGUUUAUACGAACAGGAAAGAGUGUUAGCAUGCUAGCAGAAGCCGUUACUUUAAAAAAAAAAAUUUAAAACGAAGAUUGCUCCUGAACCACAGGACCAAAAAGGGUUAGCAAUAAAUUUGGUUAUGAGUGAACUACGUUAUUGUUCUAACAUAAACUGGACUGUAAUAAGCUUUGAAUUCAGUGAAUUUCCAAAAACCAGUCUGCCUUUGAACGAAAUUUUCGAGAAUUUCGCCGGAAAUUGUUUCAAUAUGAUUUUCCUGGCAUGUUUGCAAACAUGUUGCAAACAUGCGUACGAGAUCAUAUUGAACUCAUUACUGUUGUCUAAUUCUGUAAUAGAGUUCUCAGUUUCAAACGGUAGUUAGUUAGAUCUUUGCCGUCAGAUGUUUUUAUAGUAUUCAUUUACAUCCAUUCUAAGGAACAAACAUACUUAAAUGAUAAAGAGGGUAAGUUUUUAUAGAAACUGUGAUGCUGCCUCGGUGAAAGUUUAACAGGGUAGUUUAGUAUUAUCAACUGGGUUGAUAACGUAAAUUGGUCACCGUAAAGAGUUUAAAAGCUGACGUUUCGAGCGUUAGCCCUUCGUCAGAGCGAUUGGAAGAAUUGUGGGUGGAGUGUGGGUUUAUAUUCAGAAAAUGUAGCUACGCUAUUAGUGGGAAUAUGGUGACGAGAAAACAAAAAUAAAUAGUUGAAUGAAAAGCGCUCGUUGAUACCGGGGAGAUUAAGAGUGUAGAUAUCGGCAAAUUUCCCAGCUAUACUUAAACGAUAAUUCCUUAUGAAUGGCUUCGGAUAAUCCACCUAAAUUUCUUAAUGCACGUUUAAUUAAAGAUAAACUAGGUUUUUGCAAGAAAUAAUUUUCUUAGUAUAGCGAGCGAUCUAAAGUUUGCAACUCAAAAUCGAUCUUUGUAGACUAAAAUUAUUAUUAUGAAAUUACUGUUAUUGAGCUACUAACUCACAAAGUUCACUUCAGUGAAAAUCGUUUUGUAUGGAAGAUAUUGAUAGACGGUUUAACCCUUAAACCCUUGAGAUCGACUAGCAUCUAUUUUCUCCUUACAAUAUCAUCCCUGAAUGACACAUUAAGGUAACGAGAAUAAAGGAAAUGAUCACCAAUUUAAGAAACUCGUGAUUGCUGAGCAAAUUUUCCAUGUCAGCACUUGAAGAAAUUUAUAGAGAACAGUAUGGAGAAUAUACAUACUGAUAUUAGGGUGUAAGGGGAUAAAUGUGCGUAAGUACUCUCAGUGUGCGGUAAGGGAGGACAACAAUCUUCUAGUCGCUGUGACUGUUGGUCAAGGCUUAAUCCCAAAAUAACAUUUUAUCUUGUAGCAAUUCGUUAAUAGAAGCGCCAGACAAAAGUGAAAAGAAAGUCUAGUCAGUGACUGUACCGAAAUGUUUUAAUCCGAUUAUAAUUUUGCACGGGUCCGGGGAUGUUUUGACUACUGAAUAACUUGUGUAUAUCAAUGGCGUACUGGUCGGAAGGCCACUCGACAACAUGGCAAGUUCGUGGAGAGAGGUAAACGACAGGAAAUUAUUUUUUAUCCUGAGAACAAUAUACAUAAAAUUGUGCUUUGCUUUUUUCGACUGAUGAAAAAUUGAAAAUCUCUUUUGCAGCGUGUGCAUAACACCGCUCUUAUCCCAAAGUAAUCCAGCGUAGUAAGAGAAUUCUCGCCCAGUUUCAGAUGAAAAUUUGUAAUGGUAAAAUCACAUAUAGAUUGCAACACCAGUUGUUGAGCUAAAUGUUGGGAAGAAUUUUGUUCUCUGUUAAAGGGUGUUUAAAGUGAAAGAGUGCUACCCCGAAUUCCUUAGUCCAAAGACUCGACCACUCUUAAUGGAGCAUAAUGUAAAUUAUACUCUUUUUUUAAUUUUCGUUUCAUCAAAUGUAUGCUACCAAGGUUUGGAUGAAAGGAUUGAAGGUUAAUAAGUUUGGAACUGGCUUUACAACCGCAUCUUACAAUGAUCCUUUUGUAAUGAAAAAUAAAUUAUCCUUUCAUUGUUCUCCUAGACCUUAAAGUAAAGAAAUAUGCGAUUACUAGAUCAGAGAAAAUCUGUUGUGAUUAAGUUCAGCUGCAUGACAAAAUUUUGUCCUCGUUUCCACUCGCCUUCUUAAACAAACGACACAAGUACUACAGUACGGGAAAUAAAAAAAUUUCGUUGCCAUGAGUGAAUUGUCCUUCUAUCUUUUGUUUGCAAACAGAUUUUGGACAAAAAGCUCUCUUGCGCCGUUGUCAAGGAAUUGCGAAACCAAAUUGUCCCUAAAUGUUCGCGCGAAGUAGACCGUCAGUUAAGCCUGAGGGAUCAAAAACUAUUUACUCUUUUCUUUUAUCUACUCUUUUCUCUCCGAAGUUCUAAAGAUAUCAACUUAGCAUUCUUCGGUAAAAGAGACUUGUAGCACUUUUGGCCGUGGGUGUAGAAUGCUCUUUGUUCAGUGACGGCGUUUCAAACAUUCAAGAUAGCUAGAGUUUCAGGGUUAAUUUUGCAUUUCAAACAGGGGCAAACUGUAAAGGAAAAGAAAAAAGGUGAGCCCUCUCUUAGUAAUAUAUGUUUCACUUUCUUUGCCAGAUUCUUGUGAUAAAGGUUAUAUCUCCGCUUUAGGUGAAUAACGUGGGUGAUAGCAGAACUGCUAAAAUGGCUGGUUUUUUUCAUAGCAUAGAUUGUUCUGAAGAGAAGAAUACUGAUUUGUGAGUGAUUCAUUGAGUGGCCGGUCAAUGGUACAAGAAUGAUUUGUAUUAUUUUCACUAAUUCCUAAUUUGCAUGUGUAAUUCAAUGCACUUGUUGAUGAAUAAACAUUGCCGCGCGAUUGCUGAAACGUUAAACAAAGCAUAAACUCCUCGAGCCGAGAACUUUUAGUCUACCUCAGUGGGAAACCAGUGAAAAUAUUGAUGCAACUCGCUAUGAUGGCAACACAUCGUGAAGAAACUAAACGUAAGUAAUUUAGAAUUUUAGAGUUGCUAUAAGUUAUGAAAGCCAACAAGUUUCGAUGCGUUCUUUGUUGAACUCAAAAUAGAAACUACGUCUUAGUGUAAAUUACGCUGGUCGAUCACUGAUAGCAUUCUUUCCUUGAUCAUCCAGUUUAGCUGUCUUUCGCCAUUAAGUGAUGCCUGAUUACAGUUAAAAAAAUGUUUGCCCUUUGGAAAUAUAAACAAAAAACACUUUGAGGAGAUGGUAUAUUUAUUCUGCUGUGUCUAUCGAAACGUUAACAAUAGAAUUUUAUUCGUUGUUGAUAUAUCAGUAAUUACAGGCGAGCUAACAGGGAUUUACACUACUCGGAUGAUGGCGUUUCUUAGUUUCAAACGAAAGAACGAACCAUUCCGUGCAAAAAUGUAUCUGCUAGCAACAGAGCAAUAAAUCUCUUAGGAGACAGUUAAUAUACACCAAGGCGUUAAAGUAAUCCGUAAAUUUCCGACAGAGUGCGAAAAGUUGACGCAAGUGAAACAUUCGAUUGUUUUUCUCUCCAUUUGACCAAUAUUUCUAAGACAACUGAUGUAUGUAUAAAUCAAAUUUCCAAGCCAUUUCCGCAGAUACUGAUUAAUGGAUGAUAAACGACCUCCCAUUUGCAACCAACGAUCUUGGCCCACUUGUUUCGUUUUUGCUCAGUUGCUGUCUCCAAAAGUAUAAUAAAUUUGCCCUUGUUUUGGGAUUCAAAAAAUUGUUCAAGCUGCCUACAACGAACUGCCACCGAAUUAGCUGGUCCAAGCAAAACAUGAAUUUUUACCUGCAAUUUCUUUAAUUCCACCGGCAUGUUGUCAUGUUCCUGACACGAAAACCCGUGCUUAAGGUCGAUAUGUUUAUUGAAACACGAGUGAUGAUAAUGAAAUACAUCCUAAAUUCGACAUAGAACAUGCAUUUUUGCGAGAUACUUCCUUGUUUCAUGGAAAAAAAAUUUUUUUCAAUUUUCUCUCACUAAAUGUAAUCAAGAAUUAGACAUUUAAACAAAGCAAAUUUGACGAGGAGCACCCAUUUAGAUUGUUAAUAAAUGGCUCAGCGCGUUUGCGGUUGAGUAAAAUUAUUGUAAUUAGUAAGUUCAAGUAUUACAUUUAGGGCAACGGGUAAACCGCAACAAUGAAUUAUAAUGUGCUUCCUCUUUCACCAUUUAUCAAAUCAUGACUCUUUCACUUCGUUCGAAUAUUUUCACUUCGGUGUACAAAUGCCUGCAAGCAGGCGACAAAAGUUUGAUUGACACAUAGAUUUCACAUAACCCAGUGUCUGGGUUAGAAAUUGAUCUAAUAUGACGUCAAAAUGUGGCAUGGACAAAAAAAUAGCACAAGACACGUAGUCGACUUUGUCACUGAUUUUGUUACCAAAUGUUGACGUCUUCCGUUACUGUGCAGACCCGCGGCAGCAUGGAAUCUAUUUGUUUUAUAUGAUAAAGAAAUAACAUGUUGUUGACGGAGACGACAUUUAUGCGUCUGUCCACUGAUAGAUCAUAAGUAUAAACUCAGCUAAAGACAUGUAUGAUUCAACUAUUUACAUAAUUGUUGCCGUGAGCCGUAACGCCCUGCUUAACCUGUUUCAAGUGUUAUUUUUGACGUAAAUGUUUAAUGUGCGUAUUUAUAUUUUUUUUUUCGGAAUUGUAGAAGUUGAAGAAAGCUUGUCAUUGUGACCAGCUAAAGUGAUAUGAUGAAAAUUUUUGCGAAAUACAAAUGUUCUUUCUUUUCCGUCUUACCUCCUUUAAGAGAUCAUAAACAGUUGAUAUUCUCUUGUUUGCUUAAAGUAGGAAUCAUUUUCAAGCUGAGAUCACGAAAAAUAAGCCUUCACUUCACUGUUCUUUAAUGUAAUGCGAGGAUCUUGAACGAGCUAACAGCAUGCCCUUUUUAUCAUUUUUAGCUUUCGCAAUCACCAGAUAAGAGGGACGCGGGAAGCCUGGAUGGCAUUUCAAAGACAACGUCCAAUGUUAGUGCCGGGAACUGGCGCAAGAAGCUGGCCUAAUUCAAGGCCCGCUGGAUGUAAGUAUAACCCAAGCCCUCUUAUCCUAAGACUGAAAGAAAGGUUUUACUCAAACUGCUUGUUGAGAGACGCGAUACUAAAUGGUUAGCGAGCUUGACUUCCGAGCGUUAAGGUCCUUCUCGAAUUCUGGGCACUGAGUGAUAUUGACUUAACUUUUUGCAUGAAGGGUGUAUUAACUGUUUCAGGCGUUCAGUUAUUAAAAACAAAACACGAUAGUAAACAGCACUAUAGUAGCAAAGGAGUUAAAAAACGAGUGAGGUUUGGAGCGGGUUACCUGACCCGACCCAGGCUUCCCUCGCUUUUCACUCCAACGCGACUAUCGCGCCAUUUGCUAUUUUGCGCCGUUUUACUAACUGAACGCCUGAAACAGGCUUAGGGUGUAUUAAGCCUUGAACUCUUAAGAAUAUGAUUACUAGCAUUGGGGUGUAAAGUCUCGUAAUUGCCCUAUGUCUUUUAGGCUCUGUCAUGAUUUGUUAUAAAACUGAAAAUAAAAGGUAAUUUUAUUCAUGGUGUGUCCAUCACUAGCCACCUCCUCUUCGGUGGAUAGUUGUUAAUUAUUUUCAACAUAAAACAUUUCAAAGGACAAGUCUAUUCGUUAAACGUCUCCGCAACGUGCAGAUUUUUUCCUAACUUGGUGUGUUUUUCCCAAUCAGUGUCUACUUUAGAAAUGGGCUUCAACAGACGCGCAGUGUCCACCACAGAAUCGCACUCGCGAAAUCUUCCACCGAUGGAAUACAAUCUGCGGCCGGGGAACAGGAAAGUUGGGAUUAAAGCCGAAACAGGAGAUAAAGGACAGCAGGCUUGGGCCAAGACAUGGGCUAGAAUGCGUGCAGAACAAACUAAUGUACAUGCAAAAGGCUGCACAAAUCACAAGCGUCGAAACCCAACAAUAAGCCGCCUGACAAACACAGGAUUAACAUCAGCAUGCAAGAGGAACGAGAUCGUAGCGAUGAAUGAAAAGGAAGCAAUGGUGUACAAGAGGUUAAAAGGAAUCUAUGCCAAUUCUACAGAUAAAUCAGUUAGGGCUCAGCGAUUAAAAGACAAUAUAAAUUCACUGCAGUCCAGAACACUGCAUUCUGAGAUAGACCACAGCUUGAAAGAGUACAAGAAAAGAGAGGAAGAGGAUAAGAGGAACCGGUCAGAACUUAAACGUCUAAGAGAAAGGUAUUCGCGCGAUAAAGAUCGCAGGAAUAAAAGAUCUUAUUUGAGUUUGAACGCAUUAGAGUCACCCCAAGUGUCACGCCAUGCUUAUGGGUUACCCGAGGAAGGACAUGAGCAUAUGCAAUCCGGAGUCACGCAACAAGCUCAGGAAAGGUUACGUGACAUUUGGCAAAGUGCUAUGAAGCGGGCCGCGUUGGUUGAUAAAAUAUUAAACUCAUGGACGCAACAAAAAGCACCUUUACCUGAAAUUAAGAUAAGAAGACAAAGUGUGUCCCAUAAAGAAGCGAGAAGGCCGAGCGAUGAAGAAAAUAUAGAGGACAAAUUGCGCCGAAACUCCAAAGAGACUGUCAAUCAGCUUGAAAUGGUUUUAGGAGAAAUAGAUGUUAUGUCAACAGGUACGUUUUUCACAGCUUAUUUCUAGAUGUUGUUUUAAAAGAAUUUUGUAUUAUUCCAAAGUUAAUUUUAAACUUUAAGCUGUCAACAAAAACUAUACUAAUUCGACAUUUCGUUUCCCUUGUCAGUCAGUCUAGCAGAUAGCACCAGGCCAGGCAGCGAGUCGGUCGGUCAGUCCGUCCGUCGGUAAUUCGGCCGGUCAGUGAGCCAGUGGAUCACUCAGUCGGUCAAUCACCAGGUUUUUUGUUCGUUCGUCCCUCCGGCCUCAGUAGUAUGUUAGUUAGUUAGUUAGUCAGUCGGCGUAUUACAAUUUAUUAACGAUUUGCAAUUUAUUUUUUCAGUUGUGUCGGACUCAGACGAAGAAGACCCUGAAGAUAGUGAACAGGACAUUGUUUGAUAUUAUAGACAUUUGAAAGUUUCAUUUGAAAUUAAUUUCCAUCGCUUUACAUUUAUCUUACUCCACAACAAAUCAUGUGGCGAGGAAAUAAACGAAUCAUUCGAAAGCUUUUCAUCGUCCUGUUAAUAAUGAAAUCACCCGGUGGUUAUAUAGCAAUUUUCAAUUGAUUGUCGAGAGCUGUCCCUAGAUAUUCCAUUUUGAAUUGGUUUUUCCUUUACUUUUAUAUGGGAUUGGUCCAGAAUACUCGCACCUAUUUCUCAGCCGAGCAGAUUCAAAAGUGUUCAUCCACGUUUUCCCGCGCUGCAAACAGUUUGCUUGUUUUACCUUGAAUUGUUAUUGGCUCGCCGUGUUAUUUUCUUCAGUUCAAACAGGUUGUUUUGCAUUACUUUGGUCAGUUUUUGUUUUACAAGAUCUAUUAUGAAUUUCCCUGUUCUUAUUCUCUUAUUUCAAACGAAAAAUUGAUAUUUUUAACUUGGCUGUUAGUGCAUAUUUAAAAAAGUAACGAUUUAGGUAGUAAUUUUUAAGUAUAAUCAAUGAAAUCAAAGUAUCUUUAUCAGGAACAUAUGUGAAUAAAGUCAUAUUUGUUGUAGGAACUCAGAGAUAUUCAAAGAGGGUCUCGAUAGG